AUGUCCAACAGGCGCAAGGUCUGCCACCCAUUUGGAAAGCGUACAUCUAGACGUCGUGGCCCGCCAAAAUCCAAGUACCGAUCCAACGAGCCGAAAGAAGUUCCGAUCCCCCCAUCGCGUAGUCUCAUGGUCGAGGUCGUGGACAAAUCUGGAGGCGUAUCUAAGGAGGUACUUCGGCAAGCUCAACCCAAGCUUGAUGGUCUGCCCGACGAGAUCCUGUUAAUAAUCCUCCUUCCUCUCCAUAACGACAAAAUUACUCUGGACGCGUUCGCCUUGACCGCCAGACACUUUCUUGGUACUGUUCGCACGACAAAAUGGAUCAACAACCCUAUCGCAUUACGCUCAGGCCCAGGGGCCGACCCCAAGGCAAACCCAGACCGCGUUCUUGCUCGUCUCAUCUACCACUUGUACAAUCUAUCACAUGGUACAACUGCGAGCAUUGUCCAAAUGUAUGCCUCAGGCUUCAAGACGAUUUCGAUCGAUCGGCAUCACAACUACAUCAACAUACUUCCUGCCGAUAUCUUCACCGCACCCAUUAUCGAAAGGAUGAAAAAGACCAUUUACUAUAUGCCCGGUUUGACCAUGACAACCAGGAACUUGUGGCUGCGUCAGGUGCAAGAUAGGUAUGAGCCGGCAGUAGUCGCCCUUCUGUUGACGUUUCUGUCUGGACUGGAGUCUAUCGAUCUCAGUGGCGAUCUCACAUGCCUGUGGUCAGACUUAGCGUCGGUGACUUCUUUCAAGUUGCUCAGCACAUUGCAUCUUCGACAAAUCACGAACUGCGAACUCACUACGAGCUGCUGCAACUUGAUGAGGUUACCAAGCCUGAAAGAACUCGCCUUCUUCGACAUGACUAUCACAGACCAGAUAUUGCGCAAUAUUUGUUAUCCUGAAAAGCUAUCGGUCACAGCUAUUCGUCUGAUUAGAUGCUACAUUGCGGGCUGGAAGACGUUUCGCUUGCUUCAACUCUGCAAGAACUUAGAAGUUUUCGAGUACACGAUCAACAUGGCCCUGUACGUCAAAUCAUUUGACAGUGACGAUAGAUGGAACGCCAUGUUGUGGGGGUGGCUGCUUUCGCACAAGGCUUCGUUGAGACGCCUCAUCCUCACUGGCUCUGGAGGUUCCAACACAGCAGGCGUGUUUCUCGGUGACCUCCGUGAGUUUCACCAUCUCCGAUACUUGGAAGUCGACCAGAAUCUAAUCCAAGAUGCUUGGCAUGCGGAUUAUGAGACAUUGCUGAACCACUUUCCGAAGUCCUUGGAGACGCUCAAAAUGAAUGAGUGUUCCUCUCAAGUGGCCAUCAAGCUUCUGGAAAUGGCUGCAGACGCCUUCUGGCCUGAGUUGGGUACCCUGAAGCUGACCUGUCUUCCAUGUCUGAAAGGGCUUCCCGCUGUCCGAGCGAAGUUGGAUGAGCUCCGCAACGUAUGUGAGGAGAAGGGUAUCUGGGUUGAUGUAGAAGAGUCUGACAAUUGA